UCUCCUCCUCCAGCGACCCGGCUGGCCAAGAAAGUCCAGGGAAGAGACAGAAAAGAAGAACAGAAAAAACAGUGGGAAAAAGAGGCUGGGCUCCUCGAAUCUCUCACCAUCUAUCUCCCGUGGCUUCCUUGUCUGCCUGCCCACGACUUGCCUACGCCUUGCCUUCGGGGUUGGUGAGCGAGCGAGCUCGGGAUCAGUUGGCGACUACACACCCAGAGUUCCAGGUUCUUGGAGGAGGGGGGAAGCCAUGGGCAGCUUCGCCAAGCUGGCCAAGAGGUGCGUGGAGACGGAGGCGCCGGUCAUGGUGAAGAUACAAGAGCUGCUUCGAGGGGCCACGGAUGUGAUGUCGCUUGCGCAGGGAAUUGUUUAUUGGCAACCUCCUGAGGCAGCCCUGAACAAGGUCAAGGAAAUUGUAUGGGAACCAGCAACCAGUAAAUAUGGUGCUGAUGAUGGCCUUCCCGAGCUUCGAGAAGCACUUCUCGAGAAGCUUCGCAGAGAGAAUAAGCUAACCAAGUCAUCAGUUAUGGUGACCGCUGGUGCAAAUCAGGCUUUUGUAAACCUGGUUCUGACCCUUUGCGAUGCUGGUGAUUCAGUUGUCAUGUUUGCACCAUAUUAUUUCAAUUCCUUCAUGUCAUUCCAGAUGACUGGCGUCACUGAUAUAUUAGUUGGUGCUAGCAAUCCCAAGACUCUUCAUCCUGAUGUUGAUUGGUUAGAGAAGGUGUUGAAAGAAAGUAACCCUAUCCCUAAACUUGUUACUGUUGUUAAUCCGGGAAACCCCUCUGGAGCUUUUAUUCCCAAGCCUAUGCUUCAGAGAAUUUCAGACCUGUGCAGGAAUGCUGGUGCAUGGCUGGUGGUUGACAAUACCUAUGAGUACUUCAUGUAUGAUAAAAUGGAGCACUACUGCCUAGAGGAUGAUCAUAUUGUCAACCUUUUCUCGUUCUCAAAGGCUUAUGGAAUGAUGGGGUGGCGUGUAGGAUACAUUGCAUAUCCAAGUGAAGCCGAUGGUUUCCACGCGCAGCUCCUUAAGGUGCAAGAUAACAUACCAAUCUGUGCUUCCAUCAUCGGGCAGCGCCUGGCUCUAUACUCAUUGGAGGCCGGCCCAGAGUGGAUCAGGGAAAGGGUGAAUGAUCUCGUGAAAAACCGCGAGCUGCUUGUGGAGGCAAUGUCUCCCCUUGGUGAGGAUGCUGUCAAGGGUGGGGAGGGUGCCAUCUACCUCUGGGCUAAGUUACCAGAUAACUGUUCAGACGACUUUGAGGUUGUCAGGUGGCUCGCGACCAAGCACGGCGUCGCAGUGAUCCCCGGGAGCGCCAGCGGAGGCCCCGGAUACAUCCGUGUUUCCUUCGGAGGGCUGAAGGAGGAAGACACGAGGCUCGCCGGCGAGAGGCUAAGGCGGGGAUUGCAAGAGCUGGUGACUGAUGGGAUGGUACAGUAACAACAGCCCACCGUAUGUAAGACAGUAAGAGUACAUUUCUACAUUCAGAUCACACAGGUCCGAUUUUUUCGACGAUACGAUUCUGCUGGGAUUAGUUCAUUCAGAGGAGGAAAAGCACCAUAUAUCCAAGUCUUUGUAUCAUAUAGAUGGCAUGCUGGAGGUACCCAAUGGGAACGGCAAUUGGUGUACUGAGAAUUGGGGCAAAAUAAAAAGCUAUGCAGCCCCUGUUCGGUACUUCCUGCCGUUUAAUUUACCCUUUCCCCCAGCAACUGUACACAAGUGAAAUACGACAAUUAUAAGGUGUUUUUACACGCUUUCCCCGA